GAUGGAGUUUUAGGGUUUUUUGAUGCUUGGGGCGGUGGCCCCGGAAUGCCUCGCGGAGGCGCGCAUGUCAUUUGGCAAGCACAAGGGCAAGCUGAUGCUUGUGCUGCCGCGCCACUACCUGGAAUCCCUCUCGGAUCACGCCGAGGUGGGGCAUCUAGCGAGGAAAGCGCUCCAGACCAAGUUGGCCCCGAGAUCGCCGCUCACCAGGGUCGACAUCGCCGUCAAGAACGAUCUCCUCGAGGCCCAGGCGCAGAUCCUCCGAGACUGCGGCAACAACAGGGAUUACGCGGGCGCCCAGAAGGUCCACCGCGAGAUCCUCGAGAUCAAGGGGCGCGACGGCCGCGACAAUGUCUACCUCGCCAAUCUCCUCAUCCAGGCCUACGGCAAGUGCGGCAGCCUCGACGAUGCCCAGCUCGUCUUCGAUCGCAUCCGCGACCCGAAUUCCUUCUCCUGGAACAUCAUCAUCAAGGCCUACGCCAAUCACGGCCGCCUCGCCGACGCCCAGCGCCUCUUCGAUCGAUCGCCCGUCAAGAACGUCGUCACCUGGAACGCGAUGAUCACGGCCUACGCCCAGAGCGGCGAGCUCGAUCAAGCGAAGGAUCUCUUCGACCGUGCGCCGCAACGGAAUGUGAUAACCUGGACGGGGAUGGUCCAGGCCUACGUCCAAAACGGGCGCCUGGACGACGCGAAGAUCCUCUUCCAAAAGAUGCCCCAGUGUGAUCGAAUCACGUGGAACACGAUGCUCCAGGCUUUCGCGGAGUCUGGCGAUGUGGAAGAGGCCGAGAGAAUAUUCCACCAGGGCUGGGACAAAGACGUUAUAUCCUGGACCGCGAUGCUCGGCGCAUAUGCCAACGCUGGGCAAAUCACCCGCGCGAGAGAUCUCUUUGACAGGAUGCCCGAGAGAAAUAUCGUGACGUGGAAUAGCCUCAUACUGUGCUACUGCCAGCAAGGCAACCUGGUAGAGGCCCGGCGACUGUUCGAUACCAUGCCCAUCCAGGACGUGGUGACGUGGACGACUAUGGUACAGGCACAUGCCCAGCGGGGGCAUCUGGAGGAGUCGAGGGAAUUAUUCGAGGAGAUGCCGGAGCGCGACGUCGUGAGCUGGACGGCGGUGAUUGCCGCCUACUUCCAGGCCGGUGACGUGGACGAAUCCGCCGGGUUGUUCUCGAAAAUGCCCGAGAAGACCAUAGUCGCGUGGAAUACCAUGGUCGGCGGGUAUGGUGAGAGCCGGAGGCUGGAAGACGCCAAGUAUCUCUUCGACCUCAUGCCCGUACACAACCAAACCUCUUACUCGAUGAUGGUCCAGGCGUACGGUUUAAACGGCCACCUAGACACGGCAGAGCGAAUGUUCCGGGAUAUUCCCGAGAAGGACAAAGUGUGCAUCAACGUGAUGCUCUCUGUGUACGCGCACAAUGGGAGAAUGGAGGAGGCAAGACGAAUAUUCGAGAGCCUCACGGAGAUCUCGUCGUGGGCCGUGGCGGUGAUGGCCAAGGGAUAUGCCGCCUCAGGGCAUCUGGAGGAGGCUAGGCGCUACUACGAGCGCCUGCCGUACGACGACGUGGCGCUGGCCACUUCCAUGAUCCAGGCGUACGGCGAGGCGGGCGAGGUGGACAUGGCGAGGGCGCUGUACGACACCGUGCCCGUCAAGGACGUCAUCUGUGGCACCGCCAUGAUCGUUGCAUUUGCCCAAAACGGGCAUCUGGAGGAGGCCAAGGUCGUUUUUGAUGGGCUGGUAGUACGAAACGUCAUCGCCUGGACGGCCAUGUUCUCGUCGUUUGCAAACGAGGGUUUCAUCGAUGAGGCGCGCUCCAUGUUUGAUCGCAUGCCGGAGCGAUCGGUGGUGUCCUGGAACACGAUGAUUGCCGCCUACGCUGAGAUCGGCGAGCUCGAGGCCGUGAUGGAGAUCUUCUCGCAGAUGCCGGAACGCAACUCGGUCUCCUCGAACAUCCUCAUCGCCGCGCACGUCCGGAGGGGAAAUUUCGCCGCCGCGCAGGGCUUCUUCGAUUCCAUGCCAGAUCGCAAUGGCAUCAGCUGGAGCAGCCUCAUCGGCGCCUACGCGCACAGCGGCCAGCGCCGCGCCGCCCUGGAUCUCUUCCACACCAUGGCGCUCGAUGGAACCCCGCCCGACGACGUGAUCUUCCUCGAGGUGCUGGGGGCGUGCAGCCACGCCGGCCGCGUCGAGGACGCCCGGGAAUAUUUCCGGUGGAUCAGCCAGGAUUUCGAGCUGGCGCCACAGAUCGAGCACUACCGCUGCCUGGUGGAUUGCCUGGGCCGCGCCGGGAGGAUCCGGGACUGCGAGGAGCUGAUCGACACCAUGCCCUUCUUUCCAGACGCCGUGGCGUGGAUCACUCUCCUGGGCGCGUGUAGGGUUCAUGUGGAUGUGGAGAGGGGCGAGAGGGCGGCCGAUCGAGCGCUCGAGCUGGAUCCAAUGCGCCCGGCCACGCAUCUUCUAAUGACACACAUCUACGCGGCCGUGGGGAGGACCAAGGACGUCGAGAGGAUCCGCCGGAUGAUGAGGAUCAAGGGGAUCAAGCUCCACGCCAUGAAUCUUGCCGAAAACCGGAGGUAUCUCUAGGGCGGGAGUUUUAAAAAAUUUCUAGCGGGAGUUUUCGCACAUUCCGUUGACAUCGCUGCAUAUUCCGUUAUUCUUCGCGGGUAAAGAUAGCCUGGAGAGAAACCAUUGCGUCCACGGCAAUGCUUUAUUUUUUCUUCUGGCGUGGAGAGAAGGGUAUUCAUUGCGACAAC